CAUCUCCUUCCUCCACCACAUGUGUUCAUCUUCUUCUAAAUUAUCUCACCUUCUCUUCCCUUCUUAAUUUUCUCAUUUUUUUCUCGAGAAAAUCUCAAAAUCUCCUCUUCUUGCUCUUACUACAAGCCAUGGGCGUCGCUGUUCUAAAUCCUCAGGACUGUUUGAAGCAACCUUUCUCUCAUAUGAAAUAUCCCCGUAACCCUAGCGCAUGCCCCAACAGGCAGAGAAAGCCGGUUCCUAGCCGCAAUCGCCGGAGUCCUCCGCGCAAUCAGGCCACAAAAUCUCCUCCACCUGUAGCGCCGCCGCUUCCUCCUUCUCGCGCUACCGUCUCUCAAAAGGCACCGGCGAAGAAGAAUCCCAACAACAGCGUCGUCGUUGGAAAGGUGAGGAUCCUGAAGCGCGGCGAGGAAAUCCCUAAGAAAUCCACAGAUCUGAUUGUGGAAAAGCCAGAUCUGACAUCUACUCGUCGAAUCGGACCAGAUCCGGGCAUGAUCCGUAUCUCCGUGCGAAAAUCCAAGGCAGCACCGUUUUACGCCGGUCCUGUGACCAUGACCUCGCCGCCUCCGAGCGACGUCCCGCUUCCAGCCUUUUUCACCACGAAGAAGAGCGUCUCUCUGUUUCAAGCCACCGACGCAACCAGCGAUAUCAUCAGGAUGCUCCGCCUCGACAUCGCGUAACCGCGUUUGUCUCCGAUCAUCUGAGAUUAUUUUGAAUCUCCGAUGAUCUACUGUUUACAAUUUCCAAUUCCCCGAUCGUCUAAUUUCCGGCUUAAAACCGGGAGAUCUAAAAGCAAAUCAUCUCCAGACGACGAAUCUAGAAGAUGAAGAAACACAUCUUCGUUAUGAACCGGUUUCGAAUCUUCCCUUAUUUUUUCAAGGGGCAAGGUCGAAAUAUCUUCUUAACAGGUCUUAGUUUCUCUUCUUAGGGUUUAGUGUAGGAGUAUUUGUGCAUAGGUUUUUUACUUUUCCGUGACUUACAUCUUUCAAGCUUCAUUUCUGUUUUUAGUUGUCGGUAUCUCUGGGUAAAUUACAGGUUAGCUUUGUGUUUUUUUCUUCUCUUUGAGUCUUUUCUGUUGUUUUCGUAUGGGUUCUUCGUAUGUGUCUGGAUAAAUUAUAGGUUAGCUUUGUGUUUUUUAUUCUCUUGAGUCUCUUGUUUUCCUAAGGGUUCGUCGUAUGUGUCCAUGUUAUGUAUAAGAGAAUGUUCGAACAUUUAUUUAUGAAAUGAAUGUUACGAUCGUUGAAUU